UAAUCCGCUGUGCGAAGGCGAAAGGAUGGGACAUAAUUUAUCCGGGACGAUUCGAUCGUUUCGUCUUAUUUUGGCGCUGUCUACGUGCUAUCUCACCGCUGCUCCACCUGAUCUUCAAGCAAGAGUUGAACAACUUGAGAAAAACUAUGUCGAAAUUAAAAAACAUUUGGAAGCCAAAAUUUUUGAUUUGGAGACGAAAGUCGGUCAACUGGAAGCCAAAAUUGAAAAACAGGAUUCACUUUUGGCCGUUCUCGAAAAAGGACAUGACCCUUUGAAAAAUACUGUCGCCAUCAAUCGACCCCGUCGUCAGAUCGCAACUCAUCGUACUUGCCGGGAAAUCAAGGACGCAAAUCCGUCGCUCUACGACGGCAUGUACUGGAUUGAUCCAGACGGACAAGGCAUCGGUGAUCCACCAAUCUACGUCGAUUGCCUCUGGGGCACAACAUUCAUUUUGCAUGACAGCGAGUCGUUCAUGGACAUUGGAAAUUGCACAGAACCCGGAUGUUACUCGAGGCAAAUCAAAUAUAACGCAAGCGAUAGACAAAUCCAAGCGUUGAUUCAAUUGUCUGAGUACUGCUUCCAAAUCAUUGGCUAUUAUUGCAGAAACUUGCCAUUGAAGUACAACGGGACCGUCUAUGCUUGGUGGAUCGACAAAGACGGGAAAAGGAACGAGUUUCCCAGUUUGGAGAAUUGCGACAACCUCGAUGACACUGUAAAGUUUGAAUUAAAUUUCAUAGACGAUGAAGAUAUGUUGCCUGUCACGCGCCUCCAUUUUAGCAAUCCCUUUAAGGGCUCCGGCAAACACGAAGUGAGCCGGUUAAAAUGUUUUGGUAAGGUAAAAACGCAGCCAAUGCCGAGAUCGUGCGACGAUUUGCAACGGAUGGGACACACUCUCAACGGUAUCUACUCAGUCAGGAGAGCUAAACGAAUAGAAACUGUUUUCUGCCAAUUUGAUAAACGACCUGAUGAACGACAAUUCCAGGAGAGGAUCGGAUAUCAAAACAUAAAAACAAAGCCAAUAUACUUCAACGUACAGAAAGACAAGAAUUUUUCGAAAAGAGACGUUCCGCUUCCGUUUGAGAUUACCAUCGUCAACAUUGGAGAGGCCAUGGAUUUGCCAAGCGGCGUAUUCACAGCACCCGUCAAGGGAACUUACUUCUUUUCCUUUGCUGGACUCACGCAAUUUCCGAUGCUUACAGGUCCAGAUCCAGUUCCAGUGCAAAGGGAACUAGGCGCCAAUCUUUAUAAAAAUGGUGAAAGAAUAGCAAUCAGUCAGGUUAAUAUAGGCUACCUCGUAUAUCCGGAUAAUCGAAGUCCAAUCACCCUUCAAAGCACUGUAUCUUUGCGAGCUGGAGACAAAGUAUGGAUCCAGAUAUAUAUUGGGAUCAGUGGAGGGUUUUUAUACGACGAGAGGCAUGCGGAAGUGGACCAGGGUUCACACACGCAUUUUAACGGGUGGCUUUUGGAAGAAGAAAUCUAAGUAAUGCAGAGGUUUUCCACACCCCAAUGUGUGCCAGCAAGUACUACGACCACAAACAUAAAACAUCCUUCAAUCCCAUUAUCAAUGUACGUUCAUGUCUCUGUAGGGACAUUAUAGUCUUGCAAACAGCAAUUACCUGGCUGUUUUACCAACUGCACAUGUGUGAAUCUCAUUCUAUAUGAUUGCUCAACAUGUUUUUGCCAUCGCUGUUUCUUUUCAGGAUUGAAUCGCGUGCUGGAAACUGAGCGUGGUGAAAUAAUGUUUUCUUUUUAUUUUUACUUUAUAUUUCCUAGUUGUCGAUUCUCUGCAAUACAAAACUCUGUUCAGUAA